AAACCUUUUGGCAGGUCCAGAAUUCGAUCUGUGUGAACUUGCUCAACGUGCACCACACCCUGCAGCAGGCAAAAAGACGAUUUGGUUGCUCAUUUGCUUGCGGACAUGCCUCUUUCAGUAAAGGAAGUAACUGGCAGAGGUUUUAAACAGAAAUGAAACUUAAGAGAAGGAGGCCAGCCCAGAGGAGGGACACACACAAGGUGGGAGUGGACAGAGAAGCUGACAAAAGCCUGUGAGAUUCGGAGCAUCUCAAUCAUCGAAAGCAGAUAUGGCCUCCACUCAAGCAUCGCCCAGUGAGACCCACCCACUGGAGAAGCAUAUAACAUGCUCCAUCUGUAUGGAGGUGUUUGUGGAUCCUGUCACGACAGCUUGUGGCCACUCCUUUUGUAAGAAAUGUCUGGACAUCAACUUUAGGUACAACGACAUCAUGUGCCCCCUGUGCAAGGCACAUCUGAGUAAAACUCCACAGGUGAACAUCGUCCUGAGAAGCCUUGUGGAAGAGAUGACAAAGACCUCAGAGGAAGACGUUGAUAAGUACACCGGGGCGCCUGGCGAAGUGGCCUGUGACAUUUGCACAGAGCAAAAGCUGAAGGCUAAGAAGUCCUGCCUUGUCUGUCUUGCCUCGUAUUGUUCGACCCACCUGGAGAAUCAUACUUCGACUGAAAGGUUGAAGGGCCACAAGCUGGUGGAACCUGUGGAGAACCUGGAUGAGAGGGCCUGUCUGCAGCAUGGACGUCCCUUGGAGCUGUACAGCAGGAAGACGAAGAGAUGCAUUUGUGUACGCUGUACUGAAGAAGAUCAAGAGGAGGUUGUUUCCUCUGAAGAAGAAUGGGGCAAGAAGAAGGCCAAGCUUGGAAACACAAAGGCAGAGUUACAUGAGAAAAUUAAGAAGAGAAAAACGCGGGUGGAUGAGAUUAAUGCAUCUCUAAAGAGCUGCAAGGACCAGCUGGAGAAUGAGUGGUGGGAUAUUGAGACUGUGUUUACAGCAGUGAUUAACACUGUAGAGGAAGCCCAGGCUGCAGCUCUUAAGCCACUAAAGGACAGGAGGGAGGCUGUGGAGAAAGAAGCAAAACACAUCAAGACAGAGUUGGAAGAAGAGAUCGACAGGCUUGAGAAAACCAUCUUCGAGCUGGACGAUAUAUCUGCGCUUGAGGAUCACAUCCUUUUCCUUCAGAGAUACCCAUCUCUUCAAGACCUGGACAGCAUCAAUGACUCGACAGAGCUAGAGCUUGACACAUCACUGUCUUUUGGCACGAUGAGAAGAAUCACAACAGCCAUGUUGCAACAGAUCCAACGGGAAGUAGAGAAGCUGACCUCCACUGAACUUCAGAGACUUCCAAAGUUUACAGUGGAUGUAAAGCUGGAUCCAACCACAGCACACCGACGCCUUGUUCUUUCUGAUGAUGGGAAGGAAGUGAAAGAUGGAGGGGAGGACCAGGAAGUAGAUGAAAAUCCAGAAAGGUUUGAUCUGUUUGCCAGCAUCCUGGGGCUCAACAGGUUGACCUCUGGGAAGUCAUUCUGGGAGGUGGAGGUCAGCAACAAGACGGGGUGGGACCUGGGUGUGGCAAGGGGCGACGCAAACCACAAAGGGAAACUCUCUCUGAUCCCAGAUAGCGGUUACUGGGUCACCGUACUGUAUGAAGACGAUAAGUACGCAGCCCUGACAUCUCCACCGGUUCGUCUUUCCCUUAAAGAGAAACCUCAGAAGGUCGGGGUGUUUGUGGACUUUGAGGAAGGUCUCGUGUCCUUCUACGAUGUGACAGCUCAAUCCCACAUCUACUCCUUCACUGAGUGUUCGUUCAGUGACGAGCUCUUCCCGUAUUUCAGUCCACAUGUAAAGCAAGAUGAGAAAAACUCUUGUCCUCUGAUUAUAUCUGCUGUGAAACACUGUGAGCAGGAUGUGGAUAUGAAGGAUGAGCAGGUUUGUGCUCCAGUUUAGGGAAAUUUUGGAGGUCAAAAAAUUGGGUUCAGUAGAAUGUGGAGGAGGAAUCUUAAGGCUCAGGAUUGGAUGGAUUUGAAACAAAUAAUUAAUCACUAAAUAGAGAAGAAUUUGAAUUAGUAAAAUUAUUUGGAAAAGGGUAGAUCUUCAACCCUCUGGAGUCGACGAAUGUGCCGGUUCAUCCAAAUCACAUGACCGAUUUAAGAUGACAUAGCAGCAAGAUGCAGCCUUGCUGAGAAUCCAUUUCAACUUCGUUGAGAGUGCGAAUUUCAAACUAUAUACCAAUUUUGAAUUGUGUUGAUAGGUCAAGUAAAACCAGAUUUAUGAUAAACAGUUUAUGCUACGCUUUUUCCUGAAUAUUGUCAUCACGUUUGUUGCAAGAAGAAACAGUAAAUAUUGGCUAUUCUAAAGGAAAGUGCUCGCAAGCAAAAAAAAAAAACCCAUGACACCCUCUUUCCUAUUGGUGUUGUUUUUUGUGUGAUCCAUCGGUCCAUGUGUUAAUACAAUAUGUCAAAAUGAAAACAUAACUGUAAAGUCACACAGGUGAGGUUGUGCUGAAAAAAUGACACCAAACAAGGCCAGGUAAAGAAUUUUUAAGGUGAAAAUUAAAGGUAAAAUCAAAAGUAGUCAGAAAAUGCCCAAUUAUACCCUUUACCACAAAGGGUUAAUUGAUGAAUAUGCAACAAGAUGUGCUGAUACAUGAAAACAAGCCUUGGGGAGUAACAAUGCUACUACUGUUUAUAAUGCAAGUUGCAGAUUUUCUGUCGUCAUGGUAAAAACUGACACUAUGAGCUGUAAUAUCGGGUUGAAUUUGGAUUGUGAGUAAUAACUAAUGCUAAUCCAUACCCAUUGGUAGCUUUGUCACCUUCUACCUAUGCCAAUCCUCAAUGCCUAUGUGCAGUUUCACAUAGAUUGACCACGUCAGUGAGUAGAAAAACGUGGGUCAGACAGAAUGACUGACUGACACACUGACAGUUUCCAUGAUUAUGUACAGCAUACCAUACCAUGACUUAGUCAUACCAAAAAUUAGAAAAAAACAACAACAUUGGGCCACAGGGGGAGCCACAGGGGGAGCCACAGCGAUCUGUCGCAUUUUAGCCAUUUUUAAGCAUUUAUAGCGCCACCCAGUUGCCAAUUAGAGUUAAAU